UCCUCAGCCCGGGAUCGCCCCUGGAGGAGGACCCCGGCGUCCUCGGCGCCUAGCCCGCCGCCCCCCGGGCAGGGCACUCAAGGGGUUAAGUCCCCUGGGGCCGGACUCUGCCUUCCGCCUUUCCCAGACCCCCGAGCCGGUCCCUGGAACACUGGGCAGCCCUGAGCUCUGGGAUGGAGCCUGAAGCAGUGCUGUGGGGCCCAGAUCUGCAAGGUCCUGAGCAGAGCCCUAACGAUGCUCACAGAGGUGCCGAGAGUGGGAACGAAGAGGAGAGCCCUCGGCAGGAAAGUUCUGGGGAGGAGAUCAUCUUGGGCGAUCCAGCUCAGAGCCCAGAAUUCAAGGACCCACCAGAGAUGCCCCCGGAGAGACCCUCCCAGGAUCCCUCGGUCCCCCAGGACCCCCCAUCUCCACCGGGUCACCCCAACCCCCUGGACCACCAGACUCCUCUUGACCCCCCGACCCCCGAGGUAGUCCCUACCCCGUCGGACUGGACCAAGGCCUGUGAGGCCAGUUGGCAGUGGGGGACUCUGACCACAUGGAACAGCCCCCCGGUGGUCCCUGCCAAUGAGUCCAGCCUGCGGGAGCUGGUGCAAGGCCGCCCCGCCGGGGCCGAGAAGCCCUAUAUCUGCAACGAGUGCGGCAAGAGCUUCAGCCAGUGGUCCAAGCUGCUGCGGCACCAGCGCAUCCACACGGGCGAGCGCCCCAACACCUGCUCCGAGUGCGGCAAGAGCUUCACGCAGAGCUCGCACCUGGUGCAGCACCAGCGCACGCACACGGGCGAGAAGCCCUACAAGUGCCCGGACUGCGGCAAGUGCUUCAGCUGGAGCUCCAACCUGGUGCAGCACCAGCGCACGCACACGGGCGAGAAGCCCUACAAGUGCACCGAGUGCGAGAAGGCCUUCACCCAGAGCACCAACCUCAUCAAGCACCAGCGCUCGCACACGGGCGAGAAGCCCUACAAGUGCGGCGAGUGCCGGCGCGCCUUCUACCGCAGCUCCGACCUCAUCCAGCACCAGGCCACGCACACCGGCGAGAAGCCCUACAAGUGCCCCGAGUGCGGCAAGCGCUUCGGCCAGAACCACAACCUCCUCAAGCACCAGAAGAUCCACGCGGGCGAGAAGCCGUACCGCUGCACGGAGUGCGGCAAGAGCUUCAUCCAGAGCUCGGAGCUGACCCAGCACCAGCGCACGCACACCGGCGAGAAGCCCUACGAGUGCCUCGAGUGCGGCAAGAGCUUCGGCCACAGCUCCACCCUCAUCAAGCACCAGCGGACCCACCUGCGCGAGGACCCCUUCAAGUGCCCCGUUUGCGGCAAGACCUUCACGCUGAGCGCCACGCUGCUGCGGCACCAGCGCACGCACACGGGCGAGCGGCCCUACAAGUGCCCCGAGUGCGGGAAGAGCUUCAGCGUCAGCUCCAACCUCAUCAACCACCAGCGCAUCCACCGCGGGGAGCGGCCCUACAUCUGCGCCGACUGCGGCAAGAGCUUCAUCAUGAGCUCCACGCUCAUCCGCCACCAGCGCAUCCACACGGGCGAGAAGCCCUACAAGUGCUCCGACUGCGGGAAGAGUUUUAUCCGCAGCUCCCACCUCAUCCAGCACCGUCGCACCCACACGGGCGAGAAGCCCUACAAGUGCCCCGAGUGCGGCAAGAGCUUCAGCCAGAGCUCGAACCUCAUUACGCACGUGCGCACCCACAUGGAUGAGAACCUGUUCGUGUGCUCCGACUGCGGGAAGGCCUUCCUGGAGGCCCACGAGCUGGAACAGCACCGGGCGAUCCACGAAAGAGGGAAGACGCCAGCGCGGAGGGCUCAGGGCGACCCUCUGCUGGGGCUCGGGGACCCCGCCCUGCUGACCCCGCCCCCUGGAGCCAAACCACACAAGUGUCUUGUCUGCGGAAAGGGGUUCAACGACGAGGGCAUUUUCAUGCAGCACCAGAGGAUCCACAUUGGAGAAAACCCCUACAAAAAUUCCGAUGGCCUCCUCGCACACCCAGCCCCCAAGCCUCCUCAGCUCCGACCGCCCAGGCUCCCUUUCGGAGGCAAUUCCUAUCCAGGUGCUUCCGAGGGCAGAGCUGACGCCCUCGGACAGCCCUUCAAAAUGCCCGAGGGGCAGGAGAGCUUCAGCCAAAGGCUGGGCCUGCUCCCCUCCAAGUCCUACAUUUGUUCCCACUGUGGAGAGAGCUUUCCGGACCGGGCCGUGCUCCUCCAACACCAGCUCAGCCACGGCAACGAGAAGCCCUUUCUCUUCCCCGAUUACAGGAUCGGUCUCGCAGAAGGGGCAGGGCCCAGUCCCUUCCUCGGUGGGAAGCCCUUUAAAUGCCCCGAGUGCAAAAAAAGCUUUGGGCUCAGCUCCGAGCUGCUGCUGCACCAGAAAGCCCAUGCAGGAGGGAAACGGCAGAAGAGCCCGGAGCUGGGGAAGAGCUCCUCCGUCCUCCUGGAGCACCUCCGGAGCCCCCUGGGGGCCAGACCCUACAGCUGCUCAGAUUGUGGGGCCUCCUUCCUGGAUCGCCUGGCCCUCAGCCGGCACCAGGAGACACACACCCGGGAAAAGUCCCCCAGACCCGAAGACCCCCUUCCAGAGCCAGUCACCCCAUCCCCAAGUCAGGAAGGUGAAAGCGAGGCCCCCACACCCGCAGGGAGCAGCAGCCUUGGGGAAGGGGAAACCCCCAAAACUCUCUUGGAAGAAAAGCCCUAUUUGUGCCCCGAGUGUGGAGACGGCUUCACAGAGGUCGCAGCCCUCCUUCUCCACAGGAGCUGCCACCCAGGGGCUGCCCUGUGAAGUGGGUCUGGAGGCCGGGCCUCUCUCUCCUGAGAGGAGCACUGGAUCUCCCCAAAUAUUGUACGAGAAAAGAAAGAAAACCCUAUCAGACUGUAGACGUGUGGAGGAUAAAGGACCCUGGGUAAAAAUAGUGCUUUUAUAUCAGUGGUAAGAAACCCUAUACAUUGUUGGUGGGAACCACUUAUAAUGCAGUAGAGAAAAACCGUUGGGUUAGAAACCCUAUAAAUAUGUAGGAAAAAAAGCCCUUUAAGUCUGUAGCAGAAAAUCCCUAUAAACCAUAGUGGAUAAAAGCCCUAUUAAUUGUAGGAUGAGGUCCCGUAUGUCUCUAGGACAACCCUAGAAAACUGUACUGAAAUCCUUGUGAAACUGUAGGGUCGGGGAAAUGCAGGGACUAUAGCAAUGGCAUUGACUCGGGAGCAGUGGCCCUCAGAAGGUGUGAAAGGACCUCCCGUGAACUUGCUCCGCAGUGUUCUCCUCUCCUGGCAUGUGGGAGGGAGCGCAUUCCCAGAAGCCUUGGGCAGUUACACUGAGUAACGUGGGACUUGGAAAAGGAGAAAAGCAAGGACGAAGUAGGUGAUGAAGAACCCUCAGGCCCGCAGAGGAGAAAAGCCCAGCUCACCGCACUGGGCUUCCUGGGGCGCACGGCCAAUCCCAGGUAAAGUGUGUGAAGAGGAAGACGCCCUGGGAUUCCUUACCAGAAAGAAGCCAAAAAUGGGGGAGGAAAAUAAUGUGACGUUGAGCCUUUUAAAGGCUGAAGUUUGGGGUGCAUAUAACUUGAAGUGUAAGAAUACUGGGGAACCACCACAAAAAUGUAGGGGGAAGAGGCAGGAUUCUUUGAGGGAAGGAAAGCAAGUGGAGAAGCUGUUCAGAUGGAACCCAGCUGACUCCAGGCUGCCGUCCCUGCUCCUGGGAGCUUGUUAAACUGCAAGUGCAAGCAGAUCCCAGCCAGGCCGCCAGUCCCC